AUGUCUCCUCAGAGUCGCAAAAAGAUGACUUAUGGCGAGUUCUUAAUCCGCUUGGGAAACUCCGGUCUCAAGGUUUCCCGUAUUAUCCUUGGGUUGAUGAGCUACGGAACUAAAGAAUGGGCCGACUGGGUGCUGGAAGAGAAAGAAGGAAUCGAGCACAUCAAAGCAGCCUACGAGGCAGGGAUCCAAACCUUUGACACGGCCAACAUGUACUCCAACGGCGAAUCUGAACGCAUACUCGGCAAUGCAAUCAAGCAACUGGGCCUACCCCGGGAUGAAAUUGUUGUUAUGACCAAGCUAUGUGGGAUAGUCGGACGCACACCGGCCGAAGUAUACUGGGCUGAUACAUCAAAAGGUGAUGCCAAUGGAUACGUAAACCAGUAUGGGCUCAGCCGCAAACAUAUAUUCGAGUCUGUCAAAAAGUCUCUCGAGAGGCUUCAGCUUGAUUAUAUCGAUGUUCUUCAGUGCCAUCGUUUUGAUUACAACACGCCCAUUGAAGAGACUAUGCGGGCCUUACAUGAUGUGGUCCAGGCCGGAUAUGCGCGAUAUAUUGGCAUGUCGAGUUGUCACGCCUACCAGUUCCACGCGAUGCAAAAUUAUGCCAUCGCUAACAAGUUGACGCCGUUCAUUUCGGUGCAGAAUCAUUAUAACUUGAUCUACAGAGAAGAAGAGAGAGAUGGUACCAACAAUAAAGAUGUUUGGGGUUGGGAUGAUACCUUGGUCACCACUUGCAGCUUUUCCGAAUCAUCCCUUAGAUUCGACACAGAUCCAUUCGCCAAGCUAAUGGGUAGAGUAAGGGACUCUAACAAAGAGAUCGUUUCUCGGGCAGAAAAAAUAGCUAAAUCUCGUGGUAUUAGCAUGGCACAAGUAUCUAUUGCUUGGAACCUGUCCAAGGAUUACACAACUGCUCCAAUCAUUGGUAUAACCAACUUGAAGAAUUUACAUGACACUAUUGAUGCUAUCGACGUCAAGCUCACUGAGGAAGAGAUUAGACAACUUGAGGAGCCAUACGUUCCUCGUGCGAUUAUUGGACAUGCUUGA